AAAAGGGAAAGGGGAGCUAACAAUGGCCACCACUAGAUUAUUGCGCACGUUUAAGCCUAUGACUAUUCAUUCCUCCUCUGCCUCUUCUUCUUCUUCAUCUUCUUCACCUCCAACAACUGUUAGGUAUCUGAACAAGGGAUCAGAGAAAAUACUUGGUACUGAGAACGAGCGAAAACAAGUUGCGGUUGUUAAGGCUUCAGGGGCUGGUUCUCAGACACUUGCCUCAUCAAAACCACAAGUGAAUCAGGGAGUUGUAGAUUUGUCCACCUUGGUUACGAAGACCAAUCGUUCUUUGCGCAUUCUACUAAGAACGGCUCUCAAGCGAAAAUCUAUGCAGCAACAGGUCCAGAUGUUCAUUGAAAGGGGCAUUAUUGAUUGUCGGUUCUUUACAUUACUUGCUGUUGCUGGAUCUUUACUUGGUUCAAUAUUGUGCUUUGUCGAGGGAGGUUUUAUUGUUUUAGAGUCAUAUUUCCAGUAUUUUCAAGCCUUGUCUCAGAAGACAGAUCAAGGACAUAUUAUGCAUCUACUUAUUGAAGCAAUAGACAUGUUCCUAGUAGGAACAGCCAUGCUUGUAUUCGGGGUUGGGAUGUAUGCCAUGUUCAUGGGAUCAAAGGCCGUGAAAGAUAAAGGACCGCGGUUCACUGAAUCAAACUUGUUUGGGCUCUUCUACAUGAAGGCAGCUCCAGCAUGGGUUGGUAUGAAAUCAGUUUCGCAAGCAAAAUCGAAAAUUGGGCAUGCGGUGGUGAUGAUACUUCAAGUGGGACUGUUGGAGAAGUUCAAGAGUAUACCUCUUGUCACACCACUGGAUCUUGCUUGCUUCGCCGGAGCUGUGCUUGUUUCCUCUGCUUGUAUCUUCCUUCUCUCCAGACUUAAUUAUUCUGCUACCACUGCUGACUCAUGUCCAUGAGUUGCACAGCUCAAUCAAGUUCAAGCAGAGCUACCGAUCGAUAUUCAUUUAUUUAUAUAUAACCCAUUCUUUUUGUAGUACUGAACAACUGAUACUGAGAUACACAUGUACUACUGAUACCGAUACACUAGUCAUAAUAAACACACACCACAACAGUCAUAAUAUACACAGAAAGGGAAGAGGAUUGUCUCGAAACCCUAUAUAGAACAUAUAUGUUCUUCCAAUUCUUUAUUAGGUU